AUGAAUGUAGCAACCGCAAAGGGGACUCUACUGCCAUCAAAUUGUACAAUCUCCAGUGAUCUGACACAGCUGAAUGAAGUUGAUUCUCAUUUAUCAAAAUUAUAUGAUGAUGAGCUUUCACCUACUCUUGUUCAAUUCGAACAACUUCUAAAUAAUCUUAAUACUAACAGUAGCAAUAACAACAACAGAAACCAGUUGUAUCAAAUAUUACUAAAUCAAUAUGAACUAUUACAAAAAAAUCCCGAAACUCUAAUUUAUUUCAUUCAUACAAUACUUAUUAAUAUUCUUCGACAAGAUAUAACAAAAUGGGAACAUAUUGAAUUGACAAAAUUUAUGAACGAUUUUUAUAAUUUAACAAAUAGAUUUACCCCCACCAAAAUAUUUUAUAAUCAUUUCGUUCAUCGAACAACAUUUAAUAUGUUCAUUCAACUACUUAAUUGUUCAUCUAUACUUGAUUAUUUACAAAAUCAAAUGAAGAAUAAUCUAUGUCAAAAAACUUUAUGGACCAUUUUGGUUAUAAGUAAAAGAGCAUGUGCUGCUGGAGCAAUAAUUAAUACAACAGAUUUGCAACCAUUGAAUAUUGUCUUUGAAUCGUUCAUUACUAAUAUUAAUCAACAAUUUGAUACAGAUGAUAAAGUUACUAAUUUAGAAAUUGAUUUAAUAUGUGGUUUACUAUGGAAUCUUGUUGAUAGAACCGAUCUCAUACCGUUUUUUGUUAUUACUGGUUAUCCACAAGCGAUUCUUAACUGGCUAAAUCGUUCAUAUUUGAAAAAAUAUUUUCAUCGUCCAUUCAUUAGUCUUGUACAUAAUAUUGCUCGACAUGAUAUUGGUGCUCAAGUGUUGAAUGAUAAUGCAGUUUUUAACGUUCUAGAAUCUUAUAAAAUUCACGUAUUAGAUAAAUUAACAAUAAAUGAAGCGCAACUUCUUAAAAUAAAUUUACUCUAUUCAAUGACUACUGCUCUUCUACUGGAACCUGAUCAGAUUAAAAAAGGGGCUAACACAACGAAUAAUAUUCUUGAUUUUCUAUUGAAAUUAAUUAUACAAUCAUCACAAGCAAAUGAGUUAAGAUAUCAAGCAUUUCAUAUAUCAGAAUUUUUAAUUGUAUUAACAAAAUUAUUUGUUAAUGAUGAUGUUGUCGAUUAUGUUUUUAAACAAUCUGAUCAAAAAUUAACUGUACAGUAUUUUUGUGAUCUUCUCAUUCGCUUCGAACAUGUUACAGACGUUGAUAUACAAUUAACACGUACUGCUUUAUUAAAUAUUCUUUGGAGUAUAUCAUUUAAUGAAACAUACAAAAAUGAAAUGAAAAUAAACGACAAUUUUAUGAGUGUUAUCAAGUCUUUAGCUAACAGUAAUGAUAAUAUUGUAACGGAACACUACCUUCCCAAACAUUUAUCGAAUAAUAAAAAGGCACUUGAUGGUAUUUUGUUCAAUCUAAUUGGCCCGUUAGAACCCGCGGUACUAGAAAAACCUAAUAAAAAGCGUCCAUUGGUAAUGAUUAGUUAUUCACAUGCUGAUAAAAAAUUUUGUUAUCAAUUAGUCGAUGCUUUAAAAAUAAAAUGUACUAACGUUGAUUGGUGGACUGAUUUUAUCCGUCAACGUUCCGAUGAAGAAAUAUCUUAUGCUGCUGAUGUCUGGGAAGAGAUUGCACAUGCCAUCGAAAUAUCAACUACUAUCGUAUUAGUCAUCACUGAAGAUUAUUACAAGAGUAAAUCGUGUCGACAAGAAGUGGCUUAUGCUAAUGAUGCAUUAAAAAAACCUAUUAUUCCAAUAUAUGCAAAUACAGUGAAAGAUUAUAGAGCUACUGGAUGGUUAGGUAUUCGAAUUGCUCCAUUAAAAUAUAUUCACUUUGGUAAAAAGACAUUUGAUGUAGCAAUAGAAGAGGUGACUAAUACAGUUUUAGAAUACAUUGGAAUGAAACGUCAACAAUCGUCGUUACACGAAGUUCAAGCACCCGAAGUUAUUCCAGCAAUCGUUGAACAGACAACGACUGACGAAAAUCACAAUUCUUCGGUCUUAUGUGAUAAACCAUUGAAAGACUGGACUGCUGAUGAUGUGAACUAUUGGUUCAAACAAAAUAAUAUUCAUCCUGAUUUGAAAAAUUUAUAUCAAUUUAGAACUGGUACGGCUCUCAUACUCUAUUUUGAUCAUUUGAAAUCCAAUCAAUCACGUGAAUAUCAAAUAACAUACGAUCUCUACGAAGAUACAUAUAAAAAACCACUAAACACCGCUUAUUUCAUUAACUUUGUUGAUGCUCUCACUCGUCUAAAAGAAAAGCAACAAUAUAAAACAAGCACAAAAAGUUGCUUAAUCAAUUAA